CCAGAGGAAAAGGCAAAGGAAGUCUGGUCCCUUUUCAGUGCCAAUCCUUCUGUGUCAGCCGUCGUCAAAUACGGAAUAUGUAUUUUCAAAGACGCCAAUAUAUAGUAAUUUACCAAUUUAAGUCCUACCACUUUUUGCGGGCCUUAGCAAUAAAAAGAGAACUACAUCUCCCAGAAACCUCGAUGAAAAUAUGUCUCAACUUGCGUAAUCACGUAGUCCUUCACCGCAUUGGGGCAAAAAUAAUCCCUUCAUUUUACUGAAGGCACUGCGAAUAUUAUUUCGUUUUUCGCCACGCCGGAACAGUUUUAAAUGUUACUGCGAUAAGAGAAGUUACCUGUGGUAAAGUGACUAAGCAACUGGGUAAAGAGAAAGGAAGAACAUCAAAAUAAAGUGCUGCGGAGGAAUUUUUGUCAAGCUGUGAGACGACGAGUGCGAAGAGUGAAGGCGAUUGAGAGGGGCUGAGGGAAUUGUCCUCUGUGCAAGGGACUUUCUUUAGGCCCAGGGACCUGCCUGCCCCUAUCGUCAGCAGGAGUCCGGUGGACAUUUUUAAUCCUUUUGCGACUGUGGAAGUUGGAAUUUGAUCAAAAGUUUCUGGAGAGAUGGAAAGCUUGAUGACUAGUUCUACCCUGCCACCCCUUUUUGCAGAUGAAGAUGGCUCCAAGGAGAGUAAUGACCUAGCUACAACUGGGUUAACCCACCCAGAGGUUCCAUACAGUAGUGGCACUACAUCAUCCACCAACAAUCCAGAGUUUGUGGAGGAUCUGUCCCAAGGUCACUUGCUUCAGAAUGAGUCUUCAAAUACAGCAGAAAGCAGUGAACAGAGGCACGAAGAUGAGCAAAGAAGUAAACGAGGAGGUUGGUCCAAAGGAAGAAAAAGAAAGAAACCUCUUCGAGACAGCAAUGCACCCAAAUCCCCCCUUACAGGAUACGUUCGGUUUAUGAAUGAGCGUCGUGAACAGCUUCGUGCGAAGAGACCAGAAGUACCAUUUCCAGAAAUCACAAGGAUGUUAGGCAAUGAAUGGAGUAAACUGCCUCCUGAGGAAAAACAACGCUAUCUUGAUGAAGCAGACAGAGAUAAGGAGCGUUACAUGAAGGAACUGGAGCAGUAUCAGAAGACUGAGGCCUAUAAGGUCUUCAGUAGGAAAACCCAGGACCGCCAAAAAGGCAAAUCUCACAGGCAAGAUGCAGCCCGGCAGGCCACUCAUGAUCACGAGAAAGAAACAGAAGUAAAGGAACGAUCUGUUUUUGACAUCCCUAUAUUUACAGAAGAAUUCCUGAACCACAGCAAAGCUCGUGAAGCAGAGCUCCGCCAGCUCCGCAAGUCCAACAUGGAGUUUGAGGAGAGGAACGCGGCCCUGCAGAAGCACGUGGAGAGCAUGCGGACGGCGGUGGAGAAGCUGGAGGUGGACGUGAUCCAGGAGCGGAGCCGCAACACAGUCCUGCAGCAGCACCUGGAGACCCUGCGGCAGGUGCUGGCCAGCAGCUUCGCCGGCAUGCCCCUGCCCGGAAGUGGAGAGACACCUACAGUGGACACCAUUGACUCAUAUAUGAACAGACUGCACAGUAUCAUUUUAGCUAAUCCCCAAGACAAUGAAAACUUCAUAGCUACAGUUCGAGAAGUUGUGAACAGGCUUGAUCGUUAGUGAAUGAUCUCAGAGCUAGCUCCAAGAUGUUCUGCAAGUGUUUUUAUUUGUGAGGAAUGAGAAGCCAUCCAUGGAAAUUUGAACUGAGUGGGGGCAGAGAAAGAGUACAGAUCCCUUUGCUUGUGAAAGAAUUAUCAGUGAGUGAAAUGCCUUCACCCUGGGAAGCCAAAUGAGAGAGCAAAAAAAGGAACAAGUAUAUGGUGUAUGAACUUGCUAUGGAAUUGUCCUUGUGAAAGGCUUUGAAAGCGUACCACCACUCCCCCAGUCUUCAGUUUGCUGUCAUUUCCAUGUCUCCUAAAGUGGAUCUGCACAUAUUCAGCUGACUGGGUGAUCCUGAGGCUAACACCUUCUGCUGCAGAAAGGAAGACUUCUCAUUGUUACAGUUGCCAUUGGACCCUUUUCUCAGUGGAGCUCCAGUUUUCUUACCUAGCUGUCAUUUUCUUAAAUGCCUUUGGGGAGUAUUUUUUUGUGAGCUCCCACCAAGUACAUCAUUUUCUGACCUCUGGGCUUUGUUGCUCAGCAGAGUUCUGAAGGAGAGCUUCUCUCAUUGGCCAGGCCCAAUCUUCUCUCAUCAUUGCCCCGCUGUGACUCCAAAGAAAGGAGCUUCUUGUUGACAGUGCCCUGUGGAGUGAGGCUGUGUUUCCUACCCCACACAGUGCUCAGUGGGUGCCAGCCCUCAGAGUGGCUUUGUGAUGGCUGCCCUGGAGAAUGCUCUUUCCUUCCUCCCUGGUACCACCUGCUAUUUUCCAAGCAUUGCUUCAACAUAGACAUGGAGCCCCAGUCCCAGCAAGGCUCUUCUGUUCCCAUCUGUUGACAAUGUCUUAUGGAGCAUUUUUGCUACGGAAAAGGUCAUUGGUAAACAGAGGAGAAAAGGAAGGAGUGUUUUCUCAUUUGGUAUUUUUAAAAAGCCCAAAGUUUAAUGUAAGUGAAAACAGGGAAUCCCUGCCUUCUUUCAGGUGUGAAGAUUCUUGGAUAUGUAGGAACAUCACCCAAAUAGUCUCUCAAGCUCACAGAAAGGGUGCAGGAAAUUCUCACAUCCUUUUUCUUAAAGCUUUUGUAGCCAUUAACUCCUGAAUUUAUGUGAAAAAGUCAGACAUCCCUUCCUUCUCUCAGUAUGUGAUUUUUUUUUAACACUGAAAGUGAAGAGGGAGUUUCUGGUUCUUUUUGUUUGUUUUGUUUUGGUUUUUUCUGUUUUGUUUAGAGAUGGGCUCUGUCUGUGUUGCCCAGGCUAGAGUGCAGUGGCUACUCAAACAGGCGCGAUUAUAGCACACCUCAGCCUUUAACUGGGCUCCUGCGAUUCUCCUGCCUCCUCAGCCUCUUGAGUAACAACACUCAGCAGUUUCUGGUUCUUUCAACACCAAAAGGGAAGAGGGUCCUGAUUCUCACUUCAGGAUUGUUGGGGGGGGAGGGGGAGUUGGGUUUGGGAAUUGGUUUUUGUUUUUGUUUUCAUGGCCCUAGAGCACAAGACUGAAGAUUGCAGGAGAUCUUUGGAACCAAAGUAGAGCAUGUUGAGUCCAUUGCUUGCCACCACAGGCAGGCAGAUAAAAGUGUGACCCUUCUCCCAGCAUGCCCAAAAGUCAGGAUGUAAGGCAGAAAUUCCCUGUCAUGUUGCUGCCCAAUCCUGUCUUCUUUUUUUUUUUUUUUGUAGAGACAGAGUCUCACUGUACCGCCCUCGGGUAGAGUGCCGUGGCGUCACACGGCUCACAGCAACCUCUAACUAUUGGGCUUACGUGAUUCUCUUGCCUCAGCCUCCCGAGCAGCUGGGACUACAGGCCCAAUCCUGUCUUCUUAGCAUCUCCUUACCUAUUUUCUUUAUUAGUCCAAAGGGGAAAAUAUACAUCUUUUCUUAAAUGUCUAUGUGAACACACAUCAGUUUUCCAUGCCCUGAAGCCCAUAUAUCACCAGUUGACAGUUUUUUAGAAUAAACCCCACUAUUACCUAUUGCCAUAAACCUAGUCCACACUCCUACUUUUCUGUAUUUUCCUGCCCUUGUCUACUAUUUUGCCACUUAUUUUAGAGUCCUUGCCUGUUAAAUCCCAGUUGGAACUCAUUGUCUAUGGCAGAAGGACAUUCAAAGGCAACUCUGGAAGCUUGUGACUGCCAGAUGCUUCCUAUCCUGUCUUCCUUCUUAAUGCUUCCUCUCUGUUUCUCCUUUGUGUUCAGUUUUGUGCAGCUUUAUUAGCUCUGCUUUUAUGACUAGGAAAGGUUGUCACUUGGUCCAAGAUCAUCAUUCUCCUGUCUCUGGAUAGGACACCUGACAAUGACUUGAAAUAUUUGCAUAUUCGGGAAAGCAGGAGAUCUCAAGAGAGCAUAUAAUAUGAAAUCAUUGUCACAAAAUAGCAGCUUGCUGUGGAAGUGCCUGCUCUCCGGGUAGCUACAUACCUGACUCUCUGGUGGCUGAGAUUCAGCUGCCACAAAACUGUCAGGUUCUGUAGAGCAGGUCUGUGCCACCUCCUCCAUCCUCUGUGCUCACUGAGGAGGUGGCAAAUGAGGUUACAGGCUGGCACAGCACCUAAUUCAUGUUUCCCAGUAUACUUGUAGAUACCGCUGCACUUAUGUGGGCUUUUCCAGAAAAUCAGCUGUUGCCUAUUCAGUGUUACAGAUUUCUUUCUUUCUUUCUUUCCUUCCUUCCUUCCUUCCUCCCUCCCUCCCUUCCUUCCUUCCUUCCAUAAGAAGCAGCUGAGGAAAGGAAGAUAUGGUAUUUUAUUUCUGACAAAUUUUAGAAAAAACUUGUGUAUAUGUGUUUGGAACUGUUGAAAUGCCAAGUUUUCUGUACAAGUGUUUCUGUAAUUAAACUUUUAGAUUUUCUUUGUUUUUUUAAGGAAUUGAUAAGCUUGCUUGACAUUUGUCCCAUUAAAACUUUUCUAUGUUGAA